GGAUAAAGAUAGAACGAUGCGCUCGCAGCGCGACUCUGAUCCUGCGUGCUCUGAGUUUGCUGUUGUUAUGAGCAAGCACUUGUUGACUGUAAAUAAUAGCGAGAAGCGUAUCAGACGGAAGAGAGCUCGACCAGACGAUGUAUAAUAAUCAGCACAUGGUUCGAUUUCACAAGCCAUGAGUUCGACAUUUUGUUUAUCGCCGAACGUCUUGUUUUGCGAAUUUUAUUAAUUAUAGAAUCGCGCUGUUACAUACUUUAUAUACCUUUACAUGCGUAUAUCGAUUCUUUGUUGACAAACGCUUUGUGUUGACGUCCAAAAACGAUGGCCGCGAGGGGUAUUCACAACCUGAGAUUUAAUCAGGAUCAAGGAUGUUUUACGUGUUGCAUGGAGUCAGGAUUGCGAAUUUACAAUGUGGAACCACUAGUGGAAAAGGCGCAUUUCGACAGCGAAUUAAUGGGCAGCAUCAUCAUAGCGGAGAUGCUCUGGAGGACAAACGUGAUUGCUGUUGUAGGCGGUGGCAAUCGUGCUAAAUUCGCUGAUAACACGGUUCUAAUUUACGACGAUCUGUUGAAGAAAUUUGUCCUGGAAGUCACUUUUACCAGUCCGAUUAAAGCGGUCAGAUUAAGGAGGGACAAAAUGGUAGUGGCAUUACAGAAAGAGAUUCACGUGUUUUCGUUUCCCACUCCUGUUAGGAGAUUACUCACACUUGAGACCAGAGACAAUCCAACAGGCUUGGUGGAGAUAGCGACGCUCGCUACAGCGCAGAAACAGCUACUUGCAUUUCCUGGUCACAAAGUGGGUAGUGUGCAGUUGGUAGAUCUCGGAACCACCGAGACCGGAAGUUCCAGUGCCCCUGUUACUCUUUCGGCGCAUCAGAGCGCCUUAGCUUGUCUGGCGGUUAACGGAAACGGGACUAUGAUUGCAACCGCGUCCGUUCAAGGAACUUUGAUCAGGGUGUGGGAUUCUGUGCGCAGAUGUUCGUUAGUCGAAUUGAGGCGCGGUGCCGAUCCCGCUACGUUUUAUUGCAUAACUUUUAGCAGAGACUCAGAAUUUCUUUGCGUCUCGAGUGACAAGGGAACGGUCCACAUAUUUGCUCUGAAAAACACCAGUUUAAAUCGACGAUCCACAUUUUCGAACAUCGGUUUUCUGAGCAAUUAUGUCGAGAGCCAGUGGGCGCUUGCCAACUUUACGGUACCUCCGGAAUGUGCAUGCGUCUGUGCAUUUGGCACACACAAUUCUGUGAUAGCUAUAUGUAUGGAUGGGACAUUUCACAAAUACGUGUUCACCGCGGAGGGCAGUUGCAAUCGACAAGCAUUCGACGUCUUCCUCGAUGUUUGUGACGACGAUGAGUUUUAACAUAUGGCCUAUUGUAUAUGCGUGCGCGUAGUUAAAAAGAUCAAAGUCUAGUCGGGUCGCGAAUGAUCUUGGAUGUGAUAACAAUAAUGCAGAAAUCACUUAUUAUGUAGGAAGUACACAGACACACGUACACACACAUAGAAAUAUCUUGAGAAACUUAACAUUCUCGACGCAAUUUUCAACUUUUAAUGUUUU